CCCCUCAGCGUCCAGCAGGCCGCAGGUAACUCACAGGUGAUUUCCUGACGUCAGACAGGAAGUGGACAAAGGGACUCUGGAGUUUCUUCUGGUGUUGUGCAGCAGCAGCUCGAAAGUUACGGACAUUGAUUUAUUGGAAGAUAAACGUGAGGGUCGGCAGAGAGAUGUGCACUUUUGAUAAGGAAAAGGGGCCUGGGAGUCUGAUGAAAAAGGGGUUAACUCUCAUCAUGGUCGGUCACAUAAACUUCAUCCUUAGUGCUAUUGUCCAUGGGAGCAUCCUCCGGCACAUAUCAAAACCAAACCAGCACAUCACCACUGAAUACACUGCGGCCAAUAUCAUCUCUGUUACCUCUGGCUUACUAAGCAUCGCCACUGGGAUUAUUGCUAUUGUGAUGUCGAGGAACCUCCAUGUGAUAAAACUGCAAAUAGGACUUCUAGUGGCCUCCAUUCUGAAUGCCCUGCUCUCAGCAGCAUGUUGCACUGGGCUCCUCUUGGCUAUAAGUAUCACUGUUGCACAGGAUGGGCAGGGUUUGAUGAAGGGAUGCAAUGAGACAGAGGUGCCCAUCAACGCUCGGUCACCUGUCAGUGCCCGAUGCCCAUUUGAUACAACACGAAUAUAUGACACCACCCUGGCUUUGUGGAUCCCCUGUGCUGCGUUAGCAGCAUUUGAGGUUGGGCUGUCUGUCUGGUGCUUCAUGGUAGGAUUGGCUCUCAGAGGGGUGGAGCCCUGCAGGAAGAGCUACAUCAAAGAGCAGUUGGAGGGAGAGGCUGUGUGCGCCCCCCAUAGCCGGCGCCUGAUUGGACGGAGCUCGACCCCUGAUGCUUAACGGAGCAAAAAGGAAGGGCUCUACUCUGUGCAGACAAGCUCAACUAAUUCCAAAAAGGCAUUGCUGCUUAUUGAUACUACAUUUUGCCCAACAGAUAGCUAGGUGAGUCUCACUGUGGAAAUGUUAAAUCACUUCUAGGGAAAGGUUUUUAGCUUUGUGGUUUCACAAUGCAGCAUACCCUGAGUCACAGAUGGGACACCAAAUGGCUCUCUUUGCUUUCCUUUAUUAACCAAACACUUUUUGAAUGUCUGAAGCGGAGAGAUGACAACAGUUUGUUGGAUUUCCGUGCAUCUUUACUUUUUCAAUGCUUCAGAGGUAAACAUCAAAGAGCUCACAAACAUACAUUUCAGUAGGUGCUUUCAAAUGUGGUGAUCCUUAAGUGCAGACAUUUGGAUUCAGUGUGCAUGUGUGCUCAUGUUGGAGCUCCAAUGAGGUAUAAAUGAAGUCUCAUCUGUUUAUGAAGUAUAUUUUGAUAUAUUGUAAAAGUAUGAUUCAAAGUAUAUUUUAGCAAGCAUGAACUCUCUUUUUUAGAAAAAUAUUUUACUGUUUGUUUUUAUUCUAAACCACUCCUCUGCAUCUCAGAUGCAUUUAACAAACUAUUUUUAGUUUAAACUUUAAGAUAGACAAAUUCUGUGUAUACUUGCCAGAGAAUGCCAAAUCAUGGUUUUUUGUUUAAUUUUGUUAAAUAUGUAGUAUUUGGCUUUAAGUUAAUUUGAAGGACUUUUUGAAGACAAUUUGCAUUGCAAUUGAGGAUUGUAAGAUUACUGAGUUUAGUAAUGCAAUUUUUUCCUCUACUUGAUUUGCAGUCAAAUUAUUGACUGUUUGAACACAGCCCUAAGGUUACAACAGUUUAUUUACUUUUGUUCUGUGGAUUUUUUCCUCUGACUACAUCUUUCUUUAUCAUGCUUGUUUUUUCAUGAAAAUAAGAUUUACAGUUUUGUUGUUGCUUUCCCUCCAUAGUAAUACUCAUGUAACUCUAAAAUUAUGGGAGUAGAAACAGGAAUAACACAUUUAAAUCUCUGUGCCAACCAAGAGUCACAGUAGGUCUCACAGAUGCAGGGGAUUUCAAAAGAAUGUUGUAGGAAUGAUGCUUUAACCCGCAGAAUUUGACAUAAUCUGGACUGCAGCAUAGCUGUGUGUGGACUGGGAGCAUUAGUGUAUGUACUGUAUACUGUGGUUGAAUGUCAAGUGGGGUCACUUUAAGAGGUUAAACCAGUAUGUGGGCCAGCUGCCUCAGCUGGCACAGAACCCCCCACGACUCAACGACAGAGAAGACCAGAUCAGCCAUGAAACGGUUAAUCUAGAGCUGUGCUCAAUUGUGUGGAACGGAAUCAUAGCACGCAGUCCUAAUCCCGAGGCUGUAAGGGAUAAAUAUUGACGCAGUGUUGACUGAUACAAUCACAACAUGUCUGUGUGGCCCUUUCAGUCAGUACCCUUGUGGACAUUGUUUCCUGUUCAGAAAAAGAUAUCUCACAGAUAAGUUCUAAGUAUGAUGAAGUCCAUCUGUAAUUCCAUCACAGGGGUUUUUUUUGUCAAUACCUGGCUAUCUAAAUGUACUGGUUUGGGAUAAGUACUUCAUUAUUCGUAGCUUGUUAAUGCCUUGAAAAGAAAUCCUUUAAAAACAUACAAUUAACGCAUGCCUUCAACUAUUUUAAACCCCCUUUCUCUGCUCUAUGAUUGAAAUGAAAGGUAAUAGAGAAAGAUAAAAUGUGGCAAUUAGAAACAGUAUACACAUUUCUAAAUACAUUUUCAAAACAUGUCCACAGAGUCAUUUUGAAAUGAGAUGAUCUGAAUAUAUAAUAGUCUAAAAAGCAUUUUUUAAUGCAUGCAUUUUAUAUGGUUGCAUUCUUGUUUCCAAACAAGGGUAAAAUAAAGCUUCUGCUUGAGCAGCACAACCCCACAUGACUUAGACAUUGAUGAUCCAGCCUAUCAGGAAAAUACCUAACUGAUCUUAAUGUUGUGUAUUUUGUGACUUAGACUGCCUGUUUUUUAAAUUUAAUAAUGUGGGCAUACUGUACACUUUAUUUUUAGCUUGUGGUUUUGUACCAGUAUCUACAUUUGAUGUAUGAUUUUUAUUAAAGUUUUAAACAAUGAUACA